AUGCAUUGGGAUCCAAAUUAUAUAGAUCUUGAUCCCCAUUAUAUUAUGAUUAGCGCUACUCCUCUUGUGGCCCAACUGAAAAUCAACCUAACCCUCACGAUAGCUAUAGCGCUGGAACGAACACUGGCUCUCCGUUUCCCUAUGACUUACCGUAGACUAUCGUCUUCUCCUUAUGCAACUUACAGUUUACUGAUUGGUUGUUUACUGGCAAUUCUUGAUCUCAUUCUUGAAUUCACUCUUACACCAUUUCGAAGACAUCCAGAUUGUGCAGCAAUCGGAUGUUUUCUUAGCGAGAUAUACCGUUACUAUUGGGGAAUAAGCAAUAUGUUUCUGGGAACUGUUGUUAUUGUAUUAUCCUUUUUGAUUAUGGCUAAACUACGAUCAAUUGAGAAAGAUUCGCAGGUCGAUCAUCAUAGCCAAGAUAUGCAUAAGUUCACGCAGGUAUGUUCUAAAAAAUAA